AUGGUGGUGGCGGUCAUCCUUGUGUACGGGGUGUUCCUGCUGGUUGCUCGAGACGGCCAGACUAUGGGUGUAGCGCUCCGAGGUUCCAGCAGCAUCACCACCAGCACCAGCACCAGCACCGCUGUCGUCCAUGAGGAACGACGACAGUCAACGGAGGAGGAAGAGGAGGAGCCUGUCGUGGAAGAGUGGGACCCUGUGCCGGAGAGCCCUAGGAUAUCGUACGGCGACACUCCUCGCGAGCCUGUCAAGGGCGGGGUCGAGAUUUACCCAAUACAGCAACCAUCAAGACGGGCCCGGAAGACGACAAUCCCUCUGGUGCCGGAGGUGAUGGAAAUCGAGGGGGUCCCGACGGCCUGGAAGAUGCCGAAGGAGUAUGCGGAAGGAGGGGGCGAGGCGAUGAAGGGGCUGUACGUCAUGUUUCACGGGUGCAACCACGGCCACAUGGAUUGGUGCUGGCAGCACAACUCGGAGGACGGUGACGUCAACCUCGUCAGAGCCAUGCUGUGGCGGUGGUACAGGGACUGGUCCAUUCCGCCGAACACGCCGCUGUUCCUGUUCGGGGCUAGCUCGGGAGGGAACAUGGCCACCAUGAUGGCCAGCAAAGGAGGCUUCCAGCUGUGCGAGAAGCGGACUACCUAUGUCCAGGUCUCGGGGGUGAUAUCUCAGGUGUCCUGGGGGGUGCCUCCCUCUAGCUACGGUUCGGGCACUCCUCCGAUCGCCUUCAUGCCUAUGCCGAAGGGCAAAGAGGUCGAUCAAGGAGAGACCGACGCUAAGAACGUUCCGCAGGUGUUCGGGAACUCUCGAAAGAUCCCUCCGCAGAUAUCGAGCAUCGCGCACUACGUGCGCCGGUCGGGGGGCAAGCCGCGGAUGCUGCUGCUCCCCCUGGGGGAGCUGGCCGUGUACAGAGCCUUCUUUUCGGACAGGGUUUUCGAGGUUUCUCCGACACAAUCAGAGAAGCUCCACGCCGCGCUCGUGGCCUCAAGCAUGUUGGACUGCAGCACGGGUCGGAUUGUCGCUGGCGAGAAGCAGUGCUUCUUGGUCCAAGACCCUAGGACGUCGCCGCUGGCCCUGGACACCCUCGUCGCCGCCUACGAGGAAAGCUUGGCCCGUAGCACCACCUCUGCUUCCGGCGCCGCCAUCGCCGUAAACGACACAUCGUUGGCGGCAGACAGUGGGGCCCCGCAGCUGUCCACCCGGCUGCAAGGGGGGGGGGCGCCGCUGCCGUCGGCGCAGCAGCAAGGGGGGGGUGUCCAGAACGAUCCCCGGUUUUUGGGUGCUGCGUCGGAGGAGACGCCGUUCAUGACGACGGCACACGCUACUGAGGUUUUCCGGGUAAGGCGGCGUGACGACAUCAUCGAGUGCCCGCAGGCCACAGAGGGGGUGGGAGGGGUGCACUGUGUCGCUUGGGUUAUGUUUAGGGUUAGGGGGCGUGACGUCUUGGAGUGCCACAGGCAACGGGGGGUGGGGGGGGUGGUUAUUGUGUCUCUUGUGUCCGAGAGCAGCGAUGCUCCUGUGCGAUGUAUUAAAGGAGCUGCUGAAUGUGGCAUGGGGCGCGCACGAGCUCAGCGCGGACUUCGUACCACUCUGGGAAAAGUGGCUGUGGGAUUCUUGCGGAGAAAACUGCCGACCAGGGCCAUGGAGAUAACGGUCGAUGGAAGGGGAGCCCAAACAACAAGUUGUUCGUCUCGUUGAGAAGGUUUUGUUUGUGCUUGUGCUCCACAGCAAACCAAAGGAAUGAUAUGGGCUGCAGUGGAGUUAGCUUGCAAACUACGUACAUCCUGGCAGCAGUACUUUGAGACCGCCGGAGGUCGCUGCUACUGUGUUAGGUGGUCGGGUAAGAGGCUGUUGUAGGUGCUUUGCUUGGGGUCGUGAUGUCAGAAGAGGAGAGCCCACCUUGCUACAGCUUAUGGUCAAGUUCUCCGGUAUCUCUCCCCAAAGUACACUAAUGUAGAUGGGUUUCAUUGUAUGGGGAAUCCGUUUGCGGAUCCCUUGGUAUUUCGAUUGUACGCUCUUACGGCUGAGAGGGUCCUCCCCUAGAUUUAGUCAAUGGCCGCCUGAGCGCGCUUAUAUCGUUUUUUGGUAAUGUUGUGUUCGGCGGGAUCGAUCCACUCUUCGCGUCUGUCUCGCUCAAGAGGUUGUCCCGCCAGGCAUUCACUCCUGUCCCUUGAACCCUGCCCUGUUGUUUUUAGUUUUGUUCUGUGGGUGUUGACUGAUAUGCCUUGCUUGGCCGGUGGGGCGUCGGGUUUUGUUGGCGGAUCGGUGUGUUGUGUUAAUAGAGUCAGACACGAAAGUAGUCGGCAACCUUUGGCGGCGAUAGCGUGUCGGGUUGACAAGUCGGCCAACGUCAAGCAGCACGAUGCCUGAUUGAUUGUCCCGUUUGUCCCUGACUCCAAAGGUGGAGUCCGGAGUGCCAAGCGUAGCCGAGGGAAAUGGCUGCCUUUGUCGUUCAGUCACUCUCUGUUGUGCUCAGCUUGUUGGCGGUGUUUGAAGUGCAGCUACCCCAGAAGAAAACGCAGUUUGUGACCUUGGCAUGAGAUUGCUGCGGUUUCACCCGGGUUAGCUGUGGGCUAAUGGUGCGAUAUGGUGUUUGUUUGCUGGGCGGGGAUUGGUCUAGAGAGUUUCCGUUUGGGUGGGACUGGAAGAGAAACGGGUUCUUUUUUUUUGUAUUGUUUCAAUAUUUUUUUUUUUGCGUGUUACACGAGUUUAUGUUCCAUUAUCUUGGACUCGCAUACGCCUGCUGGGGCUUGUUGUAAACUCCUGAAAUGAGCGAGAGGUCGACCUACAUGAUCGCUACGACCGAUUGUUCACAUGAACCCGGGGUCGCACAAUGGUGUUGUUCAUUGUCUCUUGCCGGUUGUCGCCAUUGCUCUUUGCAUUCUGUUUGCUCUCUCAGCGGUUGCACUGUCAGUGC